UUUCUGACAAAAGCAUAUGAAGUACAUUGUUGGCCCACUGGUUGACACUGUUUGUCAUUGUUUGCACUGUUUGGUACUGUUUUGAUGUAGAUAAUUCCUUAAAUAAGGAAGAGAGUAGAAGUAUAAAGUUCAUUUUGGACCUGACAAAAAAUAAGGUGAAAUUCAUUUGGGACCAGAGAGAGUAUUUAUUUGGAUGAUCCAUUAGGGUUUUCCUCAGCUCUAAAUCUCUAUAAUCCAACUGGCCGGCCUCGUUCGCAGACCAGACUCACCGCGCGCGCGCCGGGGCGGUCAGAAACCAACCUUUAGACUUUUUCUCCGUCAGCUAUGGGUAUCUCUCGGGAUUCGAUGCAUAAAAGGCGAGCUACUGGUGGUAAGAAGAAGGCCUGGAGGAAGAAGCGAAAGUAUGAGCUCGGAAGACAACCUGCAAACACAAAACUGGUUCCAAAUGCUAAAACAGUUCGAAGGGUCAGGGUUCGAGGGGGCAAUUUGAAGUGGCGUGCCUUGAGAUUGGAUACUGGGAACUAUUCUUGGGGAAGUGAAGCUCUCACCAGGAAGACAAGGAUUUUGGAUGUGGUUUAUAAUGCCUCAAACAAUGAGUUGGUCAGGACUCAGACAUUGGUUAAGGGUGCUAUCGUUCAAGUGGAUGCUGCACCAUUUAAGCAGUGGUAUCUUCAGCACUAUGGAGUUGAAGUUGGUCGCAAGAAGAAGACUGCUGCUGCCAAAAAAGAAGGAGAGGAUACCACUGAGGCUGCUGCUCCUGAGGAGAAGAAAAGCAAUCAUGUCGCGAGGAAAUUGGAACAGCGCCAAAAGGAUCAUAAAAUUGACCCACAUAUCGAGGAGCAAUUUGCAGGAGGCCGCUUGUUAGCUGCAAUUGCUUCAAGGCCUGGCCAGUGUGGUCGUGCUGAUGGUUACAUUUUGGAGGGCAAGGAGCUGGAGUUUUACAUGAAGAAACUUCAGAAGAAGAAAGGAAAGGCUGGUGGUGGUGCAGCUUAGGAAAAUGCAGAAGUAAAAACGUUUCUAUUAUGACUCCUUUUUACUUAUAUAUUGCAAUUAACAAUGCUUUGUUUGACAUUGUCACAAGUUAUCAGUUUAGAACUGUCUCCUAAACAUUAUGUUGAGACUUGAGAGGUGUUGACCUGUACUAUUAUGUUGUCCCAGAAUUCAAAAGGAAAAUGUUACUUUUGCAGACAUUUUUUUCUUUAAAAUAUAAGAUUCUUUGGGUUUUCUAUUUUCCCUAUUCGUUUAGUAUUCUCUUUGGCUCGUUGGUGAGAAGUUACUGAAAAAAGUUU